CGGCUCUGUGACUCCCUGUGGACGCCAUCAGACAGUUUGCAGCAUGGCGAACCCCCAGAUCGUGCAAGGCAUGCAGAGUGACCUCACCUGCCAGCUCUGCCUGGAGCUCUUCCGCUCCCCCAUCACCACGGAAUGCGGGCACACCUUCUGCCAGGGAUGCUUGACCGAGGCCCCCAAGGGCCAGGACCAGAACGGCUCCGCCCUGUGCCCCACCUGCCAGGCCCCGACCCACCCCCAGGCUCUUCACAUCAACCAACAGCUGGAGAACCUGGUCCAGAGCUUCAAGCAAGUCCCGCGGGGCCACUGCCUGGAGCACCUGGACCCUCUCAGCGUCUUCUGCGAGCAGGACAAGGAGCUGAUCUGCGGGGUGUGCGCCUCGCUGGGCAAACACCGGGGCCACAACAUCAUCACCGCCGCCGAGGCCCACACCAAGAUGAAGAGACAACUCCCCCAGCAGCAGGUCCUCCUGCAGGAAGCGCUCCUGCGGAAGGAGAAGACCGUGGCGGUUUUGGACCGGCAGGUGGCCGAGGUGCAGGUACGUCUCUUCAACAUGCCAAACUUUAUCGCCAAAUGUCUCUAUUUCUUCCAGGAGAGCAAAUACUGCGUGGUAACCUCCAGGUUGGGUAAGAUUCUCUCCGAGUCUCCUCUUCCCGGCCGCCUGGACAUCCAGCUUCCCAUCAUCUCGGACGAGUUCAAGUUCCAGGUGUGGCGGAAGAUGUUCCGAGCGCUGAUGCCAGCUCUAGAAAACCUAAACUUCGACCCCAACUCGGCCCAACAGAACCUGGUCAUCUCCUCCGACGGCAAGUCAGUCGAAUGUUCCGAUCACAAGCAGCCCGUGUCCGAUGACCCGGCGCGCUUCGACAAGAGCAACUGCCUGGUCACCAAAGAGAGCUUCACGGAGGGCGAGCAUUACUGGGAGGUCAUCGUGGAGGACAAGCCGAGAUGGGCCCUGGGUGUCAUCUCCGAAACUGCCAACCGCAAGGGCAAGCUCCACGCCACCCCCGCCAACGGCUUCUGGCUGGUGGGAUGUAAGGAAGGGAAGGUCUAUGAGGCCCACCUAGAGCAGAAGGAGCCUCGGGUCCUACGCGUGGACGGGCGCCCGGAAAAGAUCGGCAUCUACGUCAGCUUCUCCGACGGGGUCCUCUCCUUCUUCGACUCGGACGACGAGGACAACGUCAAGCUCCUGUACACGUUCCACGAGCGGUUCUCGGGCCGACUCCACCCGUUCUUCGAUGUCUGCUGGCACGACAAGGGAAAGAAUGCCCAACCCAUGAAGAUCUACGCGCCCCCCGGCACACCGCUAUAA